GGCGAGAGACGCAAACAACUUUUGUGCUUGCAGUGAGUUGCAGGCACCGGCCCGCCGUCCGCCGGACUUGUAACCCGAGCCUGGAGUGCGGCGCCGUAGGGCGAGAGAGCGCUUAAAGCCGCGGCGGCGAAGAAGCUGACUAGCGCGCUAAGGGGGCAACGGCGGCGGGGGGUGGCUGCCUCCUUUCGCCGGUCCUAGGCUCGCCCGGACACGGGGGCAGCCGGCAAUGGGCAGGAGAGAAACCGCGUGAGCCUCCGGCGAACUUUUCCCCUCCUUCGCGCAGGGCAGGCGGAGCGGGGCAGGCGGAUGGAGGAUGCGCUCUGCCCGGCGAGCUGUCUGAGAAGGAGGCGGCGGCGAAGGAAGCGCCGGGGACGACGACGAUGAAGAAGCAGCAGCUGCCGGCCUCGCCGCCGCCGCUCCCGAAGCACUACGGCGCGGGCUGUCCGGAGCCCCGGCCUCAUGUGGCCCCGUCCACCGCCGUGGGUCCCGGGCACGGCAUGGGCUGGAGGAGGAGGAGGCGGCCCCUCUCGCUGCUGCCUUUCCUUUCCCUCCGCGACUACGGCUUCUGCAUGGCCGCCCUGCUGCUCUUCUGCCUAGGCUCCCUCUUCUACCAGCUCAACGGGGGCGCCCCUCACUUUCUGCUGGACCUGAGGCACUAUUUGGGAAAUUCCACUUACUUAGAUGAUCAUGGGCCACCCCCUCGUAAGGUACUUCCAUUCCCUAGCCAGGUGGUAUACAAUAGGGUUGGAAAAUGUGGGAGCCGGACUGUGGUUUUGCUGUUAAGAAUUCUGUCUGAGAGACAUGGGUUCAAUUUAGUUACAUCGGAUAUUCAUAAUAAAACCAGGCUUACCAAGAAUGAACAGAUGGAAUUGAUUAAAAAUAUAAGCACUGCAGAGCAGCCUUAUUUAUUCACUAGACAUGUUCAUUUCCUCAAUUUCUCAAGAUUUGGAGGAGACCAACCAGUAUACAUCAAUAUUAUUAGAGAUCCUAUCAAUCGAUUCUUAUCUAACUAUUUUUUUCGCCGAUUUGGAGACUGGAGAGGGGAGCAGAACCAUAUGAUCCGUACUCCAAAUAUGAGGCAAGAGGAGAGAUAUUUAGAUAUUAAUGUAUGUAUUCUUGAGAACUAUCCUGAAUGUUCCAAUCCCAGGCUAUUUUAUAUUAUUCCAUAUUUCUGUGGACAGCAUCCAAGAUGCAGGGAACCUGGUGAAUGGGCCCUCGAAAGAGCAAAAAUGAAUGUGAAUGAAAAUUUCCUACUUGUGGGCAUUCUGGAAGAAUUAGAGGAUGUGCUGCUUUUACUAGAAAGAUUUUUACCUCAUUAUUUCAAGGAUGUACUCAGCAUCUACAAAAACCCAGAGCAUAGGAAACUUGGCAAUCUAACUGUGACAGUGAAAAAGACCGUCCCUUCAACAGAAUCCAUCCAGAUCCUAUACCAGCGCAUGAGAUAUGAAUAUGAAUUCUACUAUUAUGUCAAAGAACAGUUUCACCUGCUAAAACGCAAGUUUGGAUUAAGAUCUUCAAGUAGUCACUCUUCUCCUAGGCCAGAAUUUGCCAUUCCUUCUCCUCUAGAAACUGAAGAGCCAGUGAUAGAAGAUGAGGAGCAAGAUGAUGAAAGGUGGUUAGAAGAUAUUUAUAAAAGGUGAUGCAAGACUGAUUCCAGAUUGCUUAAAAAAUGUUAAGAAAAACCUGAAGAAAGUGAGUUAAUGCACAGCAGCAUUUAAAAAGACAUUUCCCCUAGGCUGAACUGAAAGCCCCCUUUCUGAGAAGGUGCAUUUGUUGAAAUGUUUUGUUUGUUUGUUUCCUUGGCUCCACAGAAUUAUUAUAGUUAGAACAUACUUUUAAGUAUACCAUCUCUUGUUUCAAUAGAAAUAACAUUGAUGUUGUAAAAUAUGUCUGUAUAUGGUACUUACUUGCAGAAUGAUAUACAUCACCAUGUUGGUCAUUUGUAAUUUUCACAAAACUAGUUUGCCCGAUGUAGCAUUUAAUUUAACCUAUUACAGUUUUAUUUGAGCACAUUGAAAUAAUAGCAUUAUAUAAGAGGUUUGUCAUCGCCUUAAUAAGGAAUGUUGUUCUGAAAUAAGAAAGCUAUCUAUUGCUACUAAUACCAGUUGAGAAG